AUGGGUUGGAUGUCAUGGGGAUACUAUAUGUGUGGUGUGGACUGUAAAAGGAAUCCCCAUAAGUGUCUUAACGAAGAAUUAAUAUUAUCAGUAGUUGAUUCCUUUUACAAUGAAGGCUAUCAAGAAGCAGGGUAUGAAUACAUCAUUAUUGAUGAUUGCUGGUCGGAGAGACUACGAGAUGCUAAUGGUCAUCUUGUACCUGAUAGGAAAAGGUUUCCGAGAGGAAUGAAAUUCAUCGCUGAUUAUAUACAUGCUAGAGGUCUUAAAUUUGGCUUAUACACUAAUAUAGCUGACACCACAUGUAUGGGCUAUCCUGGUUCAAGAAAUCAUUUUGCCGUUGAUGCUAAACAGUUUGCUCAGUGGGAAAUAGAUUAUUUGAAAGUCGAUGGUUGUUUUGUCACCGAAGAAUAUCUUAAUGUUGAUUAUAAAAGUGUGGCAAAAUAUUGCAACAUGUGGCGGAAUUACCACGAUGUGGCUACAUCAUGGGAGGCAGUUAAGGCCAUUAUAACACACUAUCAAGGGGUAUAUAACGAUAUUAAUGGCUAUCAUGGACCAGGGCAUUGGAAUGAUCCCGAUAUGUUAAUAUUCGGAACCAAUUCGCUGUCGGCUAGUCAGAGCAGAGUACAAAUAUCAGUAUACUCAAUGCUUGCGGCACCGUUGUUGUUAAGCUGUGACAUGAAAAAUAUUAAGGAUUACGAGAAACAGAUGUUACUUAACUUAGAUCUGAUAGCCAUAGGUCAAGACAAACUGGGGAUAAUGGCAAAGCCUUAUGUGCUAGGCCCAAUAACAUUAUGGGUGAAGCCGCAUUUGCCGCGAAAAGGUGACAGGUAUCAUUCCAUCUCUUUCGCACUUGUCAAUCUACACAAUAAAGAGCAUGCUGUCUCUUUCACUCCCGGCCAUUAUGGAAUGAAUUCAACUGACGUGUAUACUGUCAUGGAUGUGUUUUCUAAAGUACAUUUAAAAAACAUCACAGUAAAAGAUGUCAUACAUAUUAAAGUACCGCCUGAAGAUGUUAUUAUGUACACGUUGUUCCCGCUGUGA